AUGCCCAAAGCACGUAAACGAAAAGUCCCUGUCGUACCCGUGGACCGUGCUACAACGAGCGCGAGCAAACCUCAAGUUACGCGUACUGUGAUUCGCGAGUUUCAUGUACUCUUGAAACGACAGGCGUACCUUCAGAAGAGCGGGUUGAAGAAUGCGGAGACGUAUAAGGAGCUGAAAGAGAUUGAAGACAGAAUCGAGGAGCUGGGAGGGUUGGAGAGGUAUCAACAUAUGUCUGCUGUGGGCCAGAAGGAAGAUCGGGGUGGGGGGAGUCAUAGGAUUUUUAUUGGGUGGUUAAAGGAGCUUGGGGCGCAUCUGCAGAGAAAGGAGAAGCUCAGGCUACUAGAAGUCGGAGCUCUGAAACCUGACAACUAUCAGUCAUGUUCAUCCUGGAUCGACGUCUUCCCCAUCGACUUGAAUUCGAGGCAUCCAGCGAUCAAGGAGCAGGAUUUCUUGAAGCUUGACCCUGUAGAGAACAAGGAGAAGUGGGAGGCAAUUAGUCUGAGUCUGGUACUGAAUUUUGUACCGGACGCAAAGGAUAGAGGGCGGAUGCUGAGGCUUGCGCAUGAGAUGCUGGGAGAGAAUGGCUAUUUUUUCGUAGCGUUACCGUUACCCUGUCUUUCCAACUCGAGAUACCUGACCUUCGAACGGUUUAAAGAACUCAUGGAAGCCGUUGGAUUCGUGCAGCUUCGAGAAAAGUGGAAAGAGGGAGGCAAGAUGGUGUAUUAUUUAUAUCAGAAGGGCACUUCCACCGGCCCUUCGCGGCUGUUCAGCAAAAAGGAGGUUCUGCGCACUGGGAACCGAAACAAUUUUUGUAUACUACUGGAUGUAUGA